AUGUCAGUCACUCUUCAUACUGAUGUUGGAGAUAUAAAAAUAGAGUUAUUCUGUGAACAAUGUCCAAAAGCUUGCGAGAAUUUCUUAGCUCUAUGUGCUAGUGAUUACUACAAUGGAUGUUUAUUUCACAGGAAUAUUAAGGGUUUUAUAGUACAAACAGGCGAUCCUACUGGCACUGGGAAAGCAGGCUCAUCUAUUUGGGGAAGAAAAUUUGAGGACGAGUUCAAGGAAGAAUUAAAGCACAAUGCAAGAGGAAUGGUUAGCAUGGCCAACAACGGUCCCAAUACUAAUGGAAGCCAAUUUUUUUUUACAUAUGGAGAACAACCUCACUUAGACCUCAAGUACACUUUAUUUGGCAGGAUAAUAGAUGGGUUUGAAGCACUUGAUGAUUUAGAAAAAAUGGCAGUAAAUCCUAAAACAUAUAGACCUCUCACUGAAUCAAGAAUAACAUCGGUCACUAUACAUGCUAAUCCAUUAGCUGGUUAA